AUUCUUUAUUUACAAAAUAUGAAGUUUGAUGACUGUUCUGCUUACGUGAUUAAGUGAUAGUAAAUUUUAUAAAACUUCUUGUAAAUUUCUCAUAAUGUUAUUUGAAAGAGUGUCUUCUUGCUAUUUGAUAGUGGUUUUCAAUUUAUAGACAAUAAUCUAAACAUCUUCAUCUAUGAAUUUGGGAGUAUUCAAUAGAGUAAAUUGGAAGGAAGCAGGCGGCGACGGCAUGUACGGCGAAUGGGCGUCGCUGAGUGGAGUGGUGAUGCGGGGGGGCGUGGUGGGCGGCGGGGAAGGUGGAGGAGGAGACAGUGUGCUGAGCAAGCUGGGUGCGUCGAAUGGCCGCGACGUGGCUGUGUCCGUUGUGAAGCAGUUGGCCGCCAAUCUGGGCAUAGCGCAGGCGGCCGAACCCAGUUCGCUCACCACCGACCGUGAAGUCCAAUGGUGCAUGGAGGUGAUCUGCUACGGGCUGAGCUUGCCUCUGAGCGAGCAUGAGGCGAUCAAGGAUUGUGUCAACGUGUACUGCGAGUGGAUGACCUGUCUGCACCCGAUUCCCAAGCUCAGUGUGCCCCGCCCCGUGUGUGAGGACCCCAAUCUCUACGCGCGCAAGAUGAUCGGUCACUUCCACAAUCUGUUUGUGCCCAGGAAGGGUGAAGUCUGGACAUUCCUGUAUUUGGACCUAAGCAUGGACACGAUCAAUCGUCAAGCGGUGCUGUGUCACCGUGUUUUGCGUACUCUCCAACAGGUGGCACAACUGUCCACCUCCAUGGACCGACAGACAUGGGAGACACUGCUGCUCUUCCUAUUGGCUAUUAACGAUACCUUGCUGGCUCCGCCCACUGUCAAAGAUGACGUAGGCGACAAAUUGUGUGAACGCGUGCUGAGUGUGCUAUUCGAAGUGUGGCUGUUGGCAUGCGUGCACUGCUUCCCCUCUCCCCCACUCUGGAAGACCCUGCGUGAGAUGUCGAUGAACUGGCGUCACCGGGUCGCUCUGGUCGAGCAAUGGAACCGCGUCAACUUGGCGCUCACGCAACGGUUGCUCGACUUCAUGUACGGGCCCAGUUUUCCUCAGCUCAAGAUUUUGGAAGACGACAUCCAACUAAUCCCGGAAGGUAUGUCGAACGACUGCGUCGCCCAAUGCUGGUUCCGUCUGCUGCAUUGCAUCGGCAAUCCCGUUGACCUGUGCAGACCGCAGGUGAUCAGCCAGACACAGAAGUUCCUGCAGUUUGCGAUCACGAGCGACAGUGUGGUCGACCCCUGCCAACAUCCCUGUCUGGCCGUCCUGCCUCACAACUUCCUCAAGGCCAUCAAGGGCAUAGCGGGACAGGUGGACGCGUUUCUGGGAAUUGCAACACAGCCAAUCACGUGGGACGAUAGUGGCGGAGGAGGAGGAGGAGGUGAGGGGAAGAAAGGUGGAGGAGGAGGAGGGGAUGCCCCCUCCCACUCUCCCACACCUCCAACCCAGCGGCGGCUGGCUAAAAGCUUUAGUGUGGCUCCCUCUACUGUGACAAAGGGUAUUCCGAAAGCAUCUCUCAUUGCUUUGACAACAAGCAGAGCCUCAGCUGUAAGUCAUCCUCCUCCCCCCACCCCGGGAAAUUCUGGGCCUUCCUCAACCUCAAGUGUUACUUCUCUGUUAUCACUGGGAUGUGAGGUGCGUACUCCGUUGGCACCAUGCAGACCGAAAUCGAACAGCAUCCUCCACUUGUUUGGCGAAUGGUUGUUCGAGGCUGCACAAAUUGGAACCCCGCUUUACAGAAGUCGACUUGGCAAUAGAGACAGCCGACCCAGCUCAGUGAGACUAGACUCGGUGGGCAGUACCGGCUCGACCAAUCGCAAAGGCAGUCUGUCGACCACCAGCCAACCAGGCUCGCUCACAGAUGACCUUGACGGGGUGGGCGGUGGGGGUGGGGGCACAUCGCCCUACCCUUCCCCCGGCCUCUCCUACCAGUCGGGUCGCGCCGAGGCAAUAGGCGCAUUGUGUCGCAUAUUUUGCGCAAAGAAAACGGGCGAAGAAAUACUGUCCGUUUACUAUGCCAGGUUCUAUUUGACGCUGCAACAGGGGUUAAAAGUAAUCGAUUAUAGUUUGCCGCCGCCUUCUACGCCUGGCAGGGAGUGCGAAGAAACGUUGUCGAGUAUUCUGGUCAAUUCCCCUGAUCUGCUACGUCUCGAUUUGGAUGGUAUUCAGAUUCUGGUGCCAAGCCUCAUAGAUGCUCUAGAAAUCGUUCUACCCGAGAAAGAUUUGAAUUUGAAGUCUCCAUCAGUUUCAAAGGUUGAACUCAGAAGAAACUCAAUACAUCUUCUCCUGUCAAUGUUGGUUCUACCGUUGCAUUAUCAAAAUUUACCAAUCAAACCACUGCUGGGACAUGAGUCGAUUCCUUUGACAUUUUCUCAACUGAAGCCAAGACUCAUGAACCUGUUGAUUAAUGCCCUACAAGUCGAAACUGAUCCACAAAAUACUCAGAUGCUCUUGGGAGGUUUGUUGCUCAGUGUACAAGACUCAGCCACUUUUGAAGAAUCAGACCAGGUGACCCAGCCUGAUGUGUUAUCAGCCAGUGGUAGUGACUCUACGUCCAAUCUUCUAUCUUCUGCAGACUCAAUGAGUUCGGUUAGCGGAAUGAGCGACGGCACAAUCACCGAGGAACAAGAUGGCGGCUCUAACGUCUACUACACGGAUGGCGAACACUCUUACGUGAUCAACGCCCCCAACAAACAUUCUGCUCACGGGUUGCUAGUUCGUGCAACAUAUCUGGUCUGCCACCGGUUGAUUUCAUCAUGGAAAACCGAUCUGAAUGUAUCAUUGGCAGCUCUGGAACUGUUGUCUGGACUGGCUAGAGUCCAUAUACGUGAUACUGCAAAAAAACCAACUGACGCACUAGAGUGCAAACGUGCGGUGAAGUGGAUCUGCGACUACAUAGUCUACCAGUGCGGGCGCCCUCCGCCCGCCCACUCCAAGGACCUGCACUCGACCAUAGUGGCCGCCUUCCAGUGUGCGGCCGUCUGGCUGCUGGCCCAUCCCUACAUCCUGCAGGACAAGGACUGGCUGCAGACCCUCUUCGAAGUGGUCGAGUUGGGAAUAUCUGGCUCCAAGUCACAGGGUAAACCAGGAGAAAAAAUCAAGCUGAAGGAUGAGAAAGAGCUGAAACCAGUCUCAAUGCGUGUCAGAGAUGCAGCCGAAUUUCUGCUAAGUGUCAUCCUUGAGCAGGUGGGUUACAUGCCCUCGCCAUGUGGCGCCGAGUCGCUGUCCUGUCUACUGGACGAGGUGGCGCUGGCCAAGCAAUGCAACUCGGCCUCCCAUCAGCUCAGUCAGCAGUCAGCUGUUGCCAAGUUCCGCUACUUUGUGCUCGAGAACUCCACUGUCCUAGCGCUGCUCGAGGAACCGCUUGGAAAUGAUCAAGAUCCGCAACCAACAGUGACGGUGCUGAUCCGGGGCGCUUUCGGCCGGCACGCGUGGACGCUGCAGCUGCGUCACUUGCCGCGGCACAAGUCAGGUGGCAGCAAGUGCAGGCACGUGGGUGGCAGCCCUGGCAGGCCUGUGCCAAUGCACGAUGCGGGCACCGUACGGGCUCCCCCGAGGACUCCCAAACACUUCCCCGACGCCGUCGAGAGGAUACCACAGUGCAAAGUCGACCGUUCAAUCCCCGAACUGGACUCGCUGCUAAUGGACGACCCGAGCGGCGAGCUGAACGAGUUGUCGCGCCUCAUUGAGCGACAGUCGGUGGCCGAGCGGAGCGACACGAGCGACAGUGUAGCGCGCAACAAAGCGACAGUCGCGCGACAGCAUGACACCGAUGCUGAGUGCACGCCGCCGCCUCUCUGUCACGAGUUUCAGACCGCGCGACUCUUUCUGUCGCAUUUCGGCUUUUUGUCGCGGCUCGAUAAUACGCAGCCGACAUCAGUUCCACCGCUAGUAGCCCUGGACACAUCGAGCUCUAGCUUCUGUUCGGAUCUGGCCGCGUUGGACACAAUCGGCUCGAGAACUUGCGACACUUGUCACGUGUUCUAUGUCAGAGCAGGACAGAAACAGGCUGAUCACAUUCUCUCCAAUGUGAUAUCCGACUCAACAGUAUCGCCGCAUUUCCUCGAGAUGCUUCUGUCUCUGGGUUGGCCUGUGACAGUGGGCCAACACCCGGGCUGGACUGGCCAGCUGGAAACCAGCUGGAAGAUAACGCCCACACAAACGAAUGCCGAUUUGGAAGACCACGGCCAACAUGGUGGCAGCCUUUACAAUGGAAACUCUCAUGUGAUCUACUGGGCCGAUGUUAGUUCGGAAAUAGCAUUCGUUGUGCCGACACUCAGCAAUGUCAAGAAGCAUACAGAGAAAGACUUCCAAACAGAUAGUUCAAGAGGUGCCUGGUUUGAACGCAGUGUCAGUGUAUCAGGGGAUAAGCCUCGCAAUAUGAGCCUGGAACUGGAUGGUUCCAAGGAGAAAUGGAGUCGAAGACAUCCCCCCACCCCUGUGCUAGUUGUAUGGCUGGAAAGCUUCGAAGAUCAUCUGCAUUUUCCUUUAGUUGACAUGAUGCCCUACAUCAGCACAGGACUGGAGCCCGAGUCUCAAGGUCAUUUGCCGAGAAGUCAGGACUGCUUCGUCAUUUUCCUGCACGCUUUGCAUAGUGGUUUACUCAGGGUUAGACUGCAGGGUCCGUCUGGCAGAAUGAGCCUUGCCACGCCAUUGGUUGAUGGAAUGGUUAUAAGCCGAAGAGUGGUUGGGUCUCUUGUCAGACAAACGGCUCUAAAUAUGUGCCGUAGGAGACGACUUGAUAACGACAAUUAUCAGCCACCUCACGUGCGACGAAGACUAAAAGUGCAAGAAAUGGUCUCAAAGUACAGAUGUGAAAUGACAUUCCCCGAAUUACUUACCUACUUACUGAGUAACGAGAAGAAAAAUGAUACCAAAGAAAGUUCGUCUGGACGAAAAUGAAUGGCUGAUCUAAUCAACAGUCAUUGCCAAUCUCUGUGAGAAAAUUGUAAUUUUCUCUAACCUCAAUUCAUCGCUUCAAAUACAAUCAGCAUUGGAGCCAGCCUCUUUACAUCAAUUUACAAUAUUGUUUAUUGUAAUUUGUAUUUACAAUAGAAAUGUAUUGUAUCUCAUACACAAUUGUAUUGUUUUUAGAACACAAUGCAACAUUUCUACAAUGCUUUAAAUAAGGACAGAAUUUUAAUGAUUAUAUGAUUGAAAAAAUUGUCGCAACUUUGCAAUACGACUGUACUUACUGUAAAGUACACCAAUUUUAUUUUUUAAAUCAUAUAGAAUAAAUUGCAUUACUGUAUUAUACUUUUAUAAUACAGUGCUGUUUUUCUACAAUUAAUUAGAGAGGAAGCUUUUUGUUAUGAAUUCAAUUCUUGUGAUUGGAUUUAGUGUAAUACAAUAAGGCAACGCAUGUAAUGUGUUGUGUUUUAAUACUAUGUAAUGUACUAAUGCGUAAUUUAUUUGUUUUUUAUUUUAAUUUACAUUGAAUGCGCGGUGUAUCAGUCUUGAAUCUCUUCACCUAUACAAGUCACACGAUAAAAUCAUGUUUAUUGUUGGUAUCAAUAACAAUUUAAGCCCCUUUAAACAGUAUUAUUCAAUAAUUUAUCAGAAAAAGUCCUGAAAAUGGACUAUAAACUAGGGUUAGUUCUUCCUGAACAAUAUUACCUACAUUAUAGGAAAUAUUAUACCGUCAUUAUAACUUCAAACAAGUCUGAAAUAUUUGUAGACGUAUAAAAGAGAAUAUGUUCAGAGAAGUGGAGUUGACAAUAUCCGAAAGUUUUUCUUUCAAGUUGAGAUACUUCAAGUGGGUUCCAAAUCACCAGGAAAUUCAUAACUAAAUAGUUGAACAUAAGCUUUUAAACUAACUCGACAAUGUGAUAUUUUAUCAAAGGUUCAAUGUAGUAGAGAACCAUUGUUUUUUAUUUAUGUUAGUAGAAUCUAUUUUAUUUCAGUUAUUUAGUUUCAAAACAUUGAUAAUCAAAGUAUUUAUAAGUUAGAUUAACUGUAAGAGUAGUUGAUAAUUUUGGGUAAUAAACAGUAUUUUUAUAGAUGAUGGUAUUGAAUAGCUAUAACCAAACUAUGUACUUAAUAUAUUUUGUUGUUAACUA